AGUUCUGGUGUUCGAUGGAGUCAGGUAAAACGUGGUGAUCGUUUGAAACCAUUACAAAUGGUACUCAAUGAAAAUUUAGAACGUGCUUAUACAGAUUAUGUGAAUGCAUCGAAUGAUACAGAUAAGGCUGCUUUAAGUAUUGUCAAACUGGCCAAUACAACACAUCAACCAAUUGAAGUGGAUUUCAAUCGAAUGAUGAUUUUAAAACCGGAUCAAUAUGAAAUACGUCGUGCAUUUGAUCCAGGUGUAUUUCUGCAGUAUAAAUCAUCAAUUAGUCAAAUGCAAUUACAUGGCAAAUUGUUUCAAUUACAGGUUGAUAGUCAACGACUUGAUUCCACUUUUCCUGUAGUAUUAUCAGCUUUCCCUCAGCCAAAAUCUGUAGCACUUGAUUCAGGUAUUAAACCAUUAUUCGAAUGUUCAGCAAUUAUUGGACGUACAGCGAAUCCAGGUUCAUUUCGAUUUAAAUAUUUCCGUGUUCUAAUACAAGAAAUGCAGCUGAAACUUGAUCAAGGCUUUCUUUAUGAUAUCACUAAUUUCUUUGGUUCCACUGUAACACGUACAUCUAAGGUGGAAUGUUUAAAGGAGGAAGCAUUCAAACAUGAUUAUUUAUUGAUUACUAGUAAACUUAUUGAUUCACCACUUGUACAAGCUCAUCUUCAAGAUGGAAAUCGAUCGAUUUUUGAUAAUUUUCAUAUUUCACCAAUCAAAGUACAUGUUAGCUUUUCACUCACUGGUAGUACCGAAGGAAAAUCAUCAGCUUUUCCAAGUGAAGUACUUAAUCUUUUCUUACAAUCUCUUGGUGUAGCAUUAACUGAAGUACAAGAUGUGGUUUUCAAAUUAGAUUAUUUUGAACGUCAAGCAUGUAUUAUGACCCUAAGCCAGAUGAGUACAGAAAUUACACAUCAUUAUGUUGGUCAAGGUGUUAGACAAAUGUAUGUACUAGUUUUAGGAUUAGAUGUAUUGGGUAAUCCAUUCGGUGUACUACGUGGUUUAGCUCAAGGUGUUGAAGAUUUAUUUUAUGAACCAGUGAAAGGUGCUAUUCUUGGUCCAGAAGAAUUUGCUGAAGGUGUUACACUAGGUGUACGAAGUUUAUUUGGUCAUGCUGUUGGUGGGGCAGCUGGUGCAGUUUCACGUAUAACUGGUACAAUCGGUAAAGGUAUCGCAGCUCUAACCCUCGAUGAAGAUUAUAAACGUAAACGUCGUGAACAAUUAGCACGACGUCCUGAAACAUUUGGCGCUGGUCUUGCUCAAGGUGGUCGAGGUUUAUUUAUGGGUGUAUUUCAUGGUGUUACUGGUAUGGUGACAAAACCUGUUGAAGGUGCUAAAAAAGAAGGAGUUGAAGGUUUUUUCAAAGGUAUGCAUAUUUCAGUGAAUAAUUUAAAUGUAUCAGUAUAG